ACACCGUCGGCAGCAAACGGCCUUGGCUCUCAGCACAAUGGCGGCGCCGUUCCCCAACCUGUACACCCAUCGAAAGGUGGCCGAGUCGGCCGCCAAGGCCUGUGACGUUUGCUACAAGCCCAGCUCGUCUGUCCUCAUUACGCCAGACAAGAAGGACUUCUUCUAUAUCUGCCCCGCCCACUUGAAGGACCGCUACUUUUGCACUCCCAAUAUUGACGAGGAUGCUGUCAAGGCCAAGAGGGAGAAGGAGUUGGCUGAAGAGAAGGAAAAGCUGGUGAAGGAGUACCAAGAGAAGCUGCGCAAGAAGAAGGAGAAGGAGAAGGAGAAGGAGAAGGAAAAGAGCAAAGACAAGGACAAGGACAAGGACAAAGAGAAGGAUGAAGAGAAGGACAAAAGCAAAGAAAAGAAAGAAAGUAAAGAUGAAGCGGAAUUCAGCCCCAAGAGCGAUGGUGUUGAGACACCAAAAGAGGAGGAUGAGCCGCGUGUCUUUGAACUCAAGAGUGCUUUCUAUCAACAGCGACUACAGCGCAAACGCCAAGCAGAAGCCGCCAAAAGAGACCGCGAGAGGGCAUCUCAGCCAAACUAUUUCCCGUCCGUACCAACAGAGCCACCGAGAAAGUAGUCGAA